CUUUCCAGCACACCAACUUACAAAAGAUGGCCAGUACCCCAGCCGUGAGUCUGUCACUACUCGUGUUCUGCCUUGCUGUGACAGCCAUUUCUGGAAAUGCCAGAAAAGUGGAACUCUUGAUGCCCAAUGUACAACCCAGAGUAGCUGAUACGUACUUAUGUCUCUCCUUGAAGGCAAAUACUACAGCAAGCUACAUAGUUGGCUUCCAGCCCCAUGCCAAUAUGGCAACUGCUCACCAUAUUCUCUUGUAUGGUUGUGGUACACCAGGCAAAGACGCCAAAAUCUGGAACUGUGGAGAAAUGGGACCAACUUUUUCUCGACACUAUGCAACUGGUCCAACAUGUCGUACAAACCCUUCAAUUUUGUAUGCCUGGGCAAUGGAUGCACCUAGUCUAAAACUUCCCAAAGAUGUUGGAUUCAAAGUCGGUGGCAAUUCCGACGUGCAAUAUCUUGUCCUGCAAAUUCACUAUAAGAAUGUGGAUAAAUUCCUCCCACCAAAAAAUGAAACCGAUUCAUCAGGAUUGACACUCACUGUUACAGAUGGACCAAUUAGACGAAGGGCUGGAGUAUAUCUUUUAGGAACAGGUGGUGUGAUUCCCAGGCGUUCUUCAGUAUAUCUUGAGACAGCUUGUCUCUAUAAUGAGAGAAUAGUUCUUCACCCAUUCAGUUAUCGGACACACACCCACUCGCAUGGUAAAGUCGUAUCUGGUUAUCUAAUUCACAAUGGGAAAUGGCAUGAACUUGGACGCAAAAACCCACAAAAACCCCAGAUGUUUUACAAUACAACAACUUCAGGUCUGGAGAUCAGGAGAGGUGACAUCCUUGCUGCUCGCUGUACCAUGGUCAAUAAGGAAAGUCAUGAUAUCUUUAUUGGACCAACCCAAAAUAAUGAGAUGUGCAAUUUCUACGUGAUGUACUACGUUGAUGGUGCCCAUAUUCCAGAAGAUAAUUACUGCAUGUCACCAGGUCCAUUGCGCUGGUCUUGGAGGAAUUUCUAUUUCCAGCGACGCUUCAAGAUGUCGAAUGCUCCAGAUACAAUAAGUGUUGAACCAGAAUCUGGCACGUAUUAUGCUCAAGAGAUUUUGCAGAAUGAAAAGGAAAGCAAAGCUGAAGAUGGCGAGGGUGUGGGUGAGGAAGUGGAAAAAGCAAAAGGAGAAGACGAGGAAAUGCAAAAUGAUGAACAGAUGAGUGAAAUGAGCAACUUGUUGCAUCUGCUGCGUGAAGAGGAAGAGAAAGAACAGGAAGAGGAGAUAAAGCGAAGAAUUCAAAGAUAUCAGAAGCUGAUGACCAAGUAAAUUACUAAAUCAAAAGAGGAAACACACACACACACACACACACACACACACACACACACUCAUGAACACAAAUAAAAAACAAAAAAAACAGGGAUGUCCCACUGUUAC